UAUGUCACAGAUCAGAUAUAAAACCUGUAAAUGUAGAAGUGUACGGAAAAGUCUUCAAAAAUUGUAUUGUUUUCAAGGCUCAAAAUUUAUCUGGGGCUGCAUCACUCACAAUUGCCAGCUUCCAUCAAUUUCACAUGUGGCAACCAUGCGCAUGCUUUUUAUGAUUUUCACAAUAGCCGAGCGAAGUUUCAAGAUUCUAGAACUGCCCACUGCCACUACGCUCCUCCUGCGACGCCACUGCUACAACUACGGCUACGACUACAGCAGCCCCACACAACUAGAGCUCAGUCGCGAAGCCACUCGUCUGGUAAUCCGCCGCCUGCAGCGCACCGUGCUCCGCCUGAUCCGCGACCCGGACUUUAGCAUGUCCUCCGAGGCGAAUCCCGAGUCUGAGAAGGAUUACCAGGAGUCACCAUUUGCGGCAAAUCGCAAGAGCACCGCCACCGCCGGCAAGCAGGACUCCAACUGCCGCACCUGCAACGACUUCAAGUCGUGGUCGAAGCAGCAGCGCCUGAUCUCCAGCGUUCAGAGCGCCAAGGUGAAGCACAUGGCCGCCGCCGAGAAGCUAACUGUGAACGCCGCCGAGGAUGCCCUGCCCCGCGACGACUGCCCGCUGGACAAGGUACGGCUUGGCAUCUCCACCUGGGGUCUGCUCCACACCAUGGCCGCAUUCUAUUCGGACAACCCCACGGACACAGAGAAGCGCGACAUGAAAACCUUCUUUGAGGUGCUGUCGCGCCUUUAUCCCUGCGAGUUCUGCGCUAAGGACUUCCGCACCGACCUGGACGUCAACCCCAUCAAUGUCAACUCGCAGAAGGAGCUGGCCAUGUGGCUGUGCAAGUUCCACAACCGGGUUAACGACAAGCUCGGCAAGCCGCUUUUUGACUGCAGCAAGGUGAAUGAGAGAUGGCGUGACGGCUGGCUGGACGGCUCCUGCGACUAAGCGCCCCAGCCACAUCUCGCCGAGAUUCUCGGGUCCCGCCCGGUGCUGCCAUGUUGACCAGACUUGUCCCACAUAUUGCUCGGCAUGCCCAUCACAACCACGGAACUCCUGCUCGGCGGAAAUCCGCUGCCUAAACUGAGUGCCCUGUGCCCCGUUCCUGGCCAGAGCCACCCCAUCGGUCGGGACCUGCGUCGGCUUGACAUAAAAUUGAGUUAUAUUGUAAUCGAAGGUCCCUUGUUAAAUGGUUUGCUGGCUAUGAACUCUCAGAGAAUACACACAUUUUGUUGAA